AUGUGCAUCGCACUCAUAUCAACCGCCCACCCUUCAUAUCCAUUGAUUCUCAUCGACAACCGCGACGAGUACCUCAACCGUCCAACAGACCGAGCACGAUGGUGGCCAACCCCAAACCAAGAUGUACUGGGUGGACGCGACAUGCUUCGCGACAUUCAUGGAACUUGGCUGGGGGUCACCAAAGCUGGCAAGAUUGCCGUUCUCACCAAUUACCGUGAAUAUUCCAACCAACCGGUCGGUGCGGUGAGCCGUGGGGCAAUCAUGAGGAAAUUUCUGUCCGAGGAUGUUGGCCCGGUCGAUCGGUUUGUGAAAGAAGUCGUCAACACUGGUAUCGCAAAGGAUGCGGGCGGAUUUAGCCUCGUCUGCGGAAGAGUCGGUGAGAAGUUGGCCGUCAUUUCUAACCGUGCCCAUGAUCAAAGCCAGGUUCCUUGGAUUGCCGGCGAUACUGUCCACACGGUGGGCCUCAGCAAUGCUGCCUUUCUGGACCGUUCGUGGACAAAGGUCACCCUCGGCGAGGAACUGAUGCUCAACUCGAUCCGCGCGAGCAUCGAGAACCACGACACCGAGGAUCAGUUGAUCCAACGAUUCCUUCAAGUCCUAAGCCACAAUACCCUUCCUCAAAUAGAUGAACACGAACAUCACGGUGGCCUUGAAACCUACAUCCCAGUCCUGCGGAAUACCAUAUUCGUUCCUCCCUUGGGCUGCAAAGACUCUCCUGCGCCUGCGGACGAUGUCGUUCGAGCUGCAAAGCCGGUCGAGAGGGUCGACCUCAUCGGCCACAACACUCCCAUUCGUCAAGAGAGUCCUAUCCCUGGUCCCUCAAAUGAACCAGCGUUGCUAGGCGCCAGUGGCCUGUACGGGACUCAAAAGCAAACUGUCGUUCUUUUCGAUAAGGAGUCCCAUGUAAGGUUCUUCGAGCGAACCCUCUAUGAUGAAAAUUCAGACCCUAUUCCGGUAGGUGAAGGCGACAUCGACAUAAAGUUCAGGGUCGAAAAGUGA